AUGGAAGGUGGUAUUGGUACUGGGAUCCCCUUUUGUUAUUCGGGAAACUACGACGGGUUCUAUUCUGACGAACAGGCAGUGGUCCGUGUGAAGUUUGGUCCCACUCGGAGGGGUCCGUGGAAGGAUGGAGCACCUGUCGGAGAUUGGCAUGACGACCAUACUCACCCUAAGGUGGCUUCGGGUGGAGGAGGGGGCUCUGUUGACACGAGCAAUUCUGAAAACCGAACCGAAGAAUCGGCAAAUAAUGUUGCCAAAGUAACAGGUGAAAAACUCAAGUACAGUAAAAUGGCAAGCCAAGAUUUCGAGGUGUUCUACGCCAAAUGGCGGGAGAUCCAGAAAUCUGGCUCAUAUGUCUCCAGCAUGUUUUUGGUGGUCGCAACGUCGCAACCCCUGGCAAAUACUAUGCGAAGCUAUUCCAAGGAGCUUUUUGAUGAAGGCUUUGAAUCUGUGGACAUGAUCAAGGGGCAUCUGGAGUAUCUCCAGGAGAGUGAUGUCAAUUCAUACGAAUGGAUGAAAGGAGUUCACAAGCGAAUCUUUCUCGGACACCUCAAAAGGCUGGAGGAGGGGCAAACCAUUGCCGAUCAUGCAAAAGACUGGCACGCAGAAGCAUCUGUGGAUGAUGAUGAGGAUACUAGGCUGGUGCAAAUUCGAGAUUGGAUUACCCAGCAUGUUAUUGGUGGUCAUAACCCUUGUCCAAAAACGAUCCAGGGCUAUUCCCAGGAGCUUUUUGAUGAAGGCUUUGAAUCUGUGGAGAUGAUCACGGAGUAUCUCAAGGAGAGUGAUGUCAAUUCAUACUCUUGGAUGAAAGGAGUACACAAGCGAAUCUUUCUGGGUCGCCUCAAAAGGGGAUGGAUUUAAAAAGGAUGUUUGUUCAAUUAGCAUCUAAGUUGCAUUGUUUAGUACUGUUGUGCAAUAAGUAGAUGCAAUAAUUUCGAAGCUGUAGUUUUACGUACAA